ACCCGCAAAAGGAAACGAGAUUUCAGAUAAAAACUCAACUUUUUCCUGAAAUCUUCCUCAGUCGUCCCAUUUUCGGUACUCGCAGAACAUUAACUCAAGUUCAUGAUGGCCGGGAAAUUGGUUUCAGUGUUCUGUGUUUUGUUCGUGGUUGUCACCGUAAGUACCGCCCCGGUCGACGAGAAGCAAAGGAAAAAGGUUAUCGACUGGCAUCAGGAAUGUUUGGACAUGCACGGUGUCGAGGUCGAAGUCCUAGUGCAAGCCCUGGAAGGAACCGUACCCGACGACGACAAGUUCUACGAGCACAUAUUCUGCGCAGCCAAAAAGGCAAAAGUAAUGGACGACGACGGUACCGUCACCGUAGACUUGUUCGAAGAGAACAUGAAAGACGUCAUCGACCCGCACAACAUGGCCAGGGUUUCCGGCAUUAUACGGAAAUGCCUCAUCCAAAGGGACUCCAUCAUGGAAACCAUCAGAAACUCGGUCGAUUGUUUCUACCGAGAAGAGCACGGUUUGUAAGAUGUAACGUUGUGAUAAAUCGUUGAGAUGCAAUAAAACAUACAGGAGUCUAAA